GUUGCGUGUACCUACUGGGAAAUUCCCCCCUAAAACCCCAGAUAUAACAUCCUCAUGCCUGACAUUCAGUCCUUAGUAAUAGUGAAAUGGACUGAACUAAGAAGUAAUAGUUAUCGUCUACGUGUCCUAUAAAAACAGUUUGAAGUCUAAGAAUGGCAUGCUCUAAACAUCGAACCAAGCCAUACGAAAUGGUGUGUUCUUCUUGUAACAAUAAACUUGUUUGUCACGAGUGUAUUGAAAAAAAGCACAUUGGACACAAGUUUGUGGAACUCAAAACAGCAGCAGAAAGGAUUAUAGCUGGAUUACAAAAGCAGAAGAAAGAAAACACAGCUUUUGAUGAAAUCCAACUAGACCUGAAGGACUCUCAAACUCUAAUAGACAGUGAGCAGAAAUUAGCGGAGCAAACACGGGAUGAAGUCAUACGAAGACGUGACCUUCUGAAAAGGAUAAUUGAUGAAAUAGCAGAAAAGUUGUUACUGGACCAGGAGAAAUACUUCUCCGAUAUAUUAUCUACUUUAGAAGAGCAUAAAAAGGAGGACCAGGAAAAAGUACAGGAAAUACUCAAGUUCCAAAGUGAAUUGGCAGUGUUUGUGAAGUCAAAUGACUACACCGAGGUCAUCGAAAAGGGACAAACAAUGUCUAUACCUAAAUACACGAAACAUGCGAUUCCUUCAAUGAUAAGAAUGAGAUUGAAACCAGGCUGUCCUAUUGACCGGGAUCAGGUUCUGAAAGUCUUCGGACCAAUAGACAUUGACAAUAUGAUUAACUCCUACAUUGUCCAUCCAAUACAAGUAUCCUCAGUGUACUCUGUAGAUAGUGUACAGACUGAUUUACUGUACGGGGAUGGAGAACGGCUUUCAAACAUGACUAAUCCCACUAGGGAACAAAGUCUGGACAUGACAGGCAUGGAUAACGAUGUUGGCAGGAGGCACGCACGCCCUGAAUUACCAGUGUUCCCUGUAACGCUCCGCAAUAUGCUACGAAAUGUUGAUAACAACAUGGCCGCCUCUGUUCAGUCAAACGGAACAGUCACUUUCGUGUAAAACUCACAGACAAACGUGAUAUUUCUAAGGUAUUGUCCUCUACAAUUAGUGAGUUGUGUUUUAAACUUGAGCCUCUUCAGAGAUAUUUAUAAAAUCAAAAUUUCGAGAUUAAGGAUUUCUGUGGUGAAGGAUCAAUGAACACUAAGAGAAUUAUUUGAAAUUCACAAGUGGAGGAUGAAAUAAACAACUAGAUUAAAAGAAAUUUCAUAGAUAAAAGACGAAAAAGAUGAAGAUAGACAUUGGUACUGGAGAAUGAUUUCAGCAGAUGAAGGAUGAAGCUAGCAUAUAUUUGGGUGAUACAGAUUUCAUAAGUGUAUGACAGUAUGGAAUGGGAAAAUGUGAGGACAGUAUGUUUUAUAAUCAGAGAUAUUUAAAGAAAGGAAUAAAUGGAUUGAUGUCAGAUAAAAGAGAGAGAAUGGAAGACAGAAUGUUAAGAACAGGGUGUUAUUGUGAGAUAAUGUAUGAUGUAAAAGGAAGGCAGGAAGCUGGAUGAAAGAAGAAGGGAGAUUGGCAUCAUCAAGCA